ACUCACAAAAUUUAAGACUGCAAUCAUUUCUUUCGCAAAGCGUUUUUUACUUUGAGAUUUUCAGUGUUUUUCACCGGCAUUAAUAAUAAUGUAGUUACUUAUUAGCAAAAUGUUGGUAGUCACGAAAAUGUCUUUCUUCCCUUCUUUCUUUCUUUUUCUGUUUUCACAACAAUUAGAAAAGACGGUGUUUUCCUAAUGAUUCAUAAAGUUUGUUAUUUAACAUAGGUAAUAAAAAAGGCGUUUUUAGCUUUAGGUUGUUCAAAAACUGAAAACUUAAAAGUAGUACGAAAAAGAAAUUAAAGAUAGAAAAUAGCCAGCUCUAAGUAACUUGUUUUCUAGAGUUAUGUUUCAUGCCAAAUAACUUUGAUUAAAUCUAAGAGUUUAGUCAUUUAAACAAAUAACUCUUUUAAAAACAGCAUACCUAUUUGGUGUACAUAUGAAAAUAAAUUACGUAUGUAAUUAUGAAGAAAAAUUCUUACAGUGAAUGUCGGCAAACAGCGAAUUAGUGCGGAUCAACGUGACAAGAGGGACGAGACUUAAGAAAAUCAAAUCAACACACAGACACGAGCUAGUGACACUGUUUAUAGCCAGGUUGUUGUAUUACUUUAUAUGUGAAGACAACCAUUUUUAAUUUGUAGCAGUUCCAUUCCCAACAUGAACCUGCUUUAGUGAUCAAUGUGUUAUUUAUCCGUACCUAGCCAAUUUCAAAUCUCAAGCAGGUUUAUUUCAAAUUUAAUUUGACAGGGUUUUAAUUGACUGAUUUUGUAAUACUUCAUGAUUUGUAUUGUUUUUAGCACAAAAAAAGCCUGCGAUUCUCGAAUGUUGUACGAUUGGUUCUUUUUUCCAACAUAACUAAUUGUCGAUUUCAUUUCAUUGUUUAGAACCUUAUGUUUUAUUUUGAUUGGUUUAAAUUUUAAGAUAACUAAACACAAACUAAUUACCGAGCACAAUAAAUCGAGAUCUCGAAUAUUACCAUAUAUGUGCCAAAAACGCAUCAAGAACCAUGUUUGUACAUGCUGUUUCAUAUUGAUAUUCCAUUAGAAGGGAUAGUUAAAACGUAAUUUAAAAUACAUUUUCCCAUCACUAAAAAUUAAAAAUUGAUCUUUACGAAGAUGUAAUUGCACCAUUUAAAUGCCAUCAUUCCUUGCAUGUAGUCAUUUUACUGAUCGAAAUAGAUAAACGCACUAUCCUAAUGGUGGGAAAGUUACACGGUGGAAAUUGAUUGAUCGAUCAUGCGUAAAACUGGUUAUUGUUCGUACAUUUUACCUAUGCGGUACAUGUAAGGAGACCAAGUUAACUGAGACUUUAAAAUAAUCUAGAUUAUUUUUGUAAACCUGUUAAACGGAAAAGCAUCUCUGAUAAAGUGUAAAUUAGGAAUAAUUUAUCACAAUGCUAAAGUAUUUCCUCUUCAGUUUCUUUUGUGUCCUGACGUAUGCAUCUUCUCCAAAGAUUCUCAGUUUUACAUCUUCCCCGAUUGGAAAGUUUCAACCGCGUCAACGAGAAAAACUACAAUUAGUUUGUCGCACUUUAUUUACUACAAAAGUCGAGUUUCGCAAAGAUGGUAAACUAUUGGCGCGAACUGUUGAUGGCCGAAUGAUACAAAGAGGAAAUACGUUAUCGAUAACAAAUCUAGACUACGCAAAGGAUGAUGGAUCUUAUCGCUGCAUUGCGAUAAAUAAUAAAGGAUCGGUUCUUAGUAUUGCUAUUGACAUCAAAAUUGCAGUCCUUGGUCAGUUUCAAUUUCCUGGAAGGUUAACCGACCCAGAGAAGAAGGAAGAAGUGAUCAUUGGGAAAGCUUUCCAACUUCCAUGUCCAUCUUAUACUUAUUCCUACCCGCGAAAUGUUCUUUGGGGAAAUGCACCAACUUCUGGUCAGCCUAGGUUAUUAAGUGAAAAUCAAAGACGCUUCAAAUUAUCCAAUGGAGAUUUGUUCUUUACUAAUGUAGAAUUUGGUGACAUCAACGAAAUCAAUGUACAAUUGGGUGGAGUGUCUUGCUUUUUAUAUCACAAUGGACCCUUUAAACAAUCUGUUCGCCACAAACUUACCAAUGCUGGAACUUGGACUUCCGAUGUUGCACCUAUUAUUAAAGAAGGGAUUUCUACCACAAACAGAGUAAAGACUGGCGCAGAAUUUUCAUUUUAUUGCUCAGGAGCUGGCAAACCAACACCAAGCAUAACUUGGUAUCAGCCUGAUGGAAGAGUUAUCUCUGCAACAGAUACUGCGUAUACUAUCUCACCUACUAAGAACAGACUAACCAUCAGGUCAGUGUUUCAAAGAUAUGCUGGAAGCUACAGGUGCGAGGUAACCAACCGUGCAGGGAAGGCUUCUACCCAAGGGAACUUGGUUGUCGAAGAUCCUCCAAGCUGGCGCACUGAACUGAGAGAUAAGACUGUAGAGGAAAGAAGAAAUGCAUCAUUCUCCUGUCGUUCCGCUGGCUCAGGAAUCAUAACAUAUACUUGGUUAAAAAAUGGAAAUCUCAUUGACAGAACAAAUUCAUCAUACACUGUAAAUGGCGGGCUUCUCAAUAUAAAGAAUAUUGGACGAAAUGAUUUUGGAAUGGUGCAAUGCUUUGCGAAAAACGAACAUGGUGAAAUUGCAUCCAGUGCUUUCCUAAAUGUUAGAGGUUCUGUCAUACCGACUAAUCGUCCUGGUGAAGGCGAUGAGGAUAAACUACAUUUUGGAUAUUAUGUUUUGAUUGGUGGGGGAUGUCUGACAGUGUUUGCAAUAUCAUCGUUUGUUAUUUAUCACUUUCUGCAUUGAUUGAAACUACUUUUAAUUGUCUAUUAAAUAAAAAUACAUUAAUCUAUUAGCAAUGACGUUAUAGCAAGAUUGAAAAAGACAAGAGUCUCUGAUUAAGCCAGUAAUUUUUGACUGUAGCCUAAACAAAAAAAAAAGCGAAAUUAUUAGCCUUCAAAUGUAGCUAACUGAAUAAAAUUUGCAGCUGGAUGUUAAGUUUUCGGUUUUAAUUUUUUGUAUGUUAGCAGUUGACAAUCUGAUCCUUAUGUUUCCUGUAAAAAAGUUUUUCGCCUGCAAUCUUAUUGCAACUUUAAACCACGUGAUCUCAUUAUGUAUAUAUAUAUAUAUAAUUUAUGUGUAUUUUUUCCCUUAUACACUUAUACAUUUUUGUUUAUUAUAAAUGUAACGAGCCGUGAUUAUUUUUCUUCCUUUGUGCAAAGAGAAGAAAUAUAAAUACAAUAAAUUUUGUUAAAAUAGUUUCUUUUCUUCUUUUCCUUUUACUGUUUUGGUCCUGUUAAUAAUAUGCAGGCGUUGUACAAAAAAACCUAAAACUUAAAAAACGUAAAAUAAUAAACAGGAAUAUGAAGACCCGAGG